CAGGUGAAUACAUUCUAGAAAAUCCAAGUCUAGAAGGAACCAGUGGGGAAAGUGGCUCGGAGCCUGGACCGUCGUUGGAUGACCCCGAGAUCGGACUCGAGGACUCUUUGGGCCUAAGCAACAAUUUUGGGCUCGAGGAUGACUUUCCGUCGGAACUUUUGAGCGAUAGCCUGCUUGCUAGCGCGGGAGUCGACGGAUUACUCUGCAACGACUCGCUUGGGCUUCCCGACGGGUUCAAUCUCGAGGAGGCCCUGCAGCUUGUGGGACUCAAUGAGCAGCCGGAGGAAAAAGAACUGAAGAAACGCGACCGAGGAGGCUUGAGAGUGCGCAAUCAAGACGAGUUGUCCUCAACCUCCCCAACUCCCUCAACUUCGACCUCAACCUCCAUUUUGAGCUCCAAUUCGAUCCUCGAGGACGCCGAAAUCGACGAAAUGAUGCACACGCAGCAGUACCACCCUCACUCCCACCCUCACCUUCACCCCCAUCGGCACUACCAGAGCCGAGUAGCAUAUGGCCGACCAAUGGGCGCCGACCAACGAUGGCCACCGGGGGAACUAUUCCUAUCACUUCCCAGUGCGACAGACUUUGGACAUCCAUCACAUCCCGGGUAUCCAGGACACGGCUUGAAUUCUACUCAUCAUUACGAGAUGCAGCGUAAUGUUGUUCUCAACAAUGCUACUCUACCUCUACCGGUUGGCGACUAUAAUUCAACGGGCCCAUUUCAAAAUAUUGGACCAUCGAAUUUAGGAUCAGCUGUAGCGACCUCAAUGAACCUGACUAACAGCUCAGAGCCAAUUGGGACCGACACAACUGGGCCUUACAAGCCAGAGCCACACGACAUAAACUACACUCAUUAUUCACACAAUCCACUUACAUCGGAGGGAAAUUUAAACCCCGACGGGUUGUUUUCCAACAUCCUCGAUGACACCAAUUUGCAGCUGAUGGAUUUUGCUGAUGAUGGAAUGUAUGGAUGCAUGAGAAAUUGGGACACAAGCAACAAUGGUACCCAAAACAGUACCACACUUGCUCCGCAGGCAAGCACCGCUCCAGCAGUCACAAAUUUGACCGGCGCGAUCACUGAUGAACGUCUGGAUGCCUCCAGUGACAGCGCGGUCAGCAGCAUGGGCAGCGAAAGAGUUCCGUCUUUGUCCGACGGCGAGUGGAUGGAGACCGGAAGCAAUUCCAGCCACACGCAAGCCGAUUCUCAUUAUUCUAUGGAUUACGCGAGCAAGUACCGAAUGCAGUAUGAGUGUAACUACACAGUGAACGGCAGGACUGGCAAUCGCUGUCCGGUGGAUAGAAUACCUCCGGUGGCGCAGAAGAAGCACCAGAUGUUCGGUAAAAGAUAUCUUCAAGACCAUGGGACCGGGUCACCACUGGGUCACCAUGGUCAUGGGCCGCCUAUUAAGUACGAAUAUGAUCCUCAAGCAGUAGCUGCAGGUCCUGCUCAUGCUUACAGUCCCUUAGAUGGCGCUGCUGGGCCUGAAAUGAAGUUUAGUUGCAGUGUAGACUUUGCGAGACAAUUGCACCAUGUACCUGGAAGAACUGCUUUAGAGCAUAUUCAUCACAACCACACGUAUCAUCUACCUCCGGACAGUUCGGGCGCCAUGCGACCUCUAGCGAGGGACAAAAAAAAUCAACAUUUGACGCGUGACGAAAAGAAAGCGCGACAACACAAUGUCCCGAUUUCGGUCCACGACAUAAUAAACCUACCAAUGGACGAGUUCAACGAGCGAAUGAGCAAGUACGACCUUAGUGAAACUCAAGUGAGUCUGAUCCGGGAUAUAAGGCGCCGCGGAAAGAACAAAGUGGCAGCCCAGAACUGCCGCAAGAGGAAGCUCGACCAGAUCAUGACCCUCGCGGAUCAGGUCAAGGAGAUGAAGGACCGGAAAAUGAGGUUGCUCAGUGAUAGGGACUACAUGCUGAGAGAGAGGCAGAGGGUCAAGGAAAAAUUCGGGCAGCUUUACAGACACGUUUUCCAGUCUCUCCGAGAUUCGGAAGGAAAUCAGUACAAUCAUCAAGAGUACUCACUUCAACAAGCUGCGGAUGGAAAUUUCCACCUUGUCCGUAGGAACCAAGUACUUCAACAACAUCACAAUCACAAUCACAAUCACAAUCACAAUCACACGGGGCCCUAUCCUCGGCAAUCAAUGGACCCAAAAACAAAACCAGACCCCGAGCGCAAAGAAUAA